UUUUCUCUUGUGUAUAUAUCUUACAGAUUAUAAAAACAUAUUCCAUAUUUAACUUACAAUAAAAUGGCCAACCCUACUGCUGCUACUAUCAAGGUCAAGAUGACUGCUCAAGAAAAGGAAGCUUUGAUUAUGAAGGAAAUCAGAGCUCUGUCUGUUAAGUACGAACCAAAGUUUGAAGGUUCUUUCUUAGGAAACAUUUUCGGUAUUGCUUUCAAGACCACUGCUUAAGCCCUACUCCUGCUUAUCCUUUCUCUUCCUUAAAUCACAAUUUUAGUUUGAUUUUUAUGACUUUAUGAUAACUUUUAUAGAUUUAAAUCCAGGUUAAUACAUCAAAUCCCUGGUAUUAAAAACAUUUAUUACAAUAUAUUUUUCACAUGUUUUCA